AUGGCCCUCACCGAAGAGCAAGUCAAGAUCAUCAAGGCCACCGUGCCUGUUCUCCAAGAGCACGGCAACACGGUCACCACUGUCUUUUACAAAAACAUCCUGACGGAAAACCCCGAGCUGAACUCGGUAUUCAACACCACCAACCAACUCAAUGGCCACCAGCAGAGAGCUCUAGCUGGAGCCGUCUACGCAUAUGCCGUGCACAUUGACAACCUCGGCGUGCUGGCCCCAGCCGUCGAGACCAUUGUGCACAAGCACGCCUCCUUGCACGUCCAGCCCGAGCACUACAAAGUUGUUGGCACCUAUCUGCUGGCCGCGAUGAAGGAAGUGCUGGGUGAUGCGUUAACCCCAGAAAUCCACGAUGCAUGGGCUGCUGCCUACUUCCAGCUGGCUGACCUCUUCAUCGCCAAAGAAAGCGACCUUUACCAACAAACCAACGGAUGGGCAGACUGGCGAGAUUUUACAAUCGACAAAAAGGUGCCCGAGUCUGAUGAGAUUACUUCUUUCUACCUCAAGCCUGUGGACAGCAACCCUCUCCCGUCCUUUCAACCAGGACAGUACGUUUCCGUGCGCACAGAAGUUCCAGACUUGAAAUAUCUGCAGGCGAGACAGUACUCUCUCAGUGACAAGCCAUCGCCAGAGUACUACCGCAUCAGCGUGAAGAAAGAGAGCGGGCUGAAUCCACGAGAGCCAGAAACCAAACACCAUCCCGGUUGGAUCUCCAACAUUCUGCACAGUGAGAAAAAGGAAGGCGAUAUCGUGCAGGUAUCUCACCCGCACGGCGCUUUUUACUUGGCUGACGCUGCAGAAUCAUCUGCGCCACUCGUCCUUGUUGCUGCCGGAGUUGGCCUCACGCCGUUGACAUCGAUCUUAAACACGAUCGCCUCGAGCCCGACGGCAAACACGCGCAAAGUUCAUUUCAUCCACAGUGCACGACAAGCGAAAUCCCGAGCUUUCAAGGAGCAUUUGUUGUCCCUGGCGAAGCAGUACCCAAAUCUGCGGGUAACGCUCUUCAACACUGCUCCAUCGGCAGACGAGAAGGAGGGAGAGGAUUACCACGUCAAGGGUCCGGUUGUCCUAGAAAACCUAGACAAGAACGAGCAACUGUUUUUGGAUGAUGCCUCUACACAGUAUUUUGUGUGCGGCCCAGAAGGGUUUAUGACUUCGACGGGGCGGUCUCUGGCUGGACUGGGCGUGACGACUGACCGCGUGCGGAUGGAGCUGUUUGGGACUGGCGGGGUGCCGACGGCAAUGGCGUAG